AUGCAAGAAAUGCUAGAAAUUAAAACUGAAUUAAAACAAAUAAUAAAAGAUGAGGUGGGCGAAAUUAAAACUAUGGUUGGCGUGAGGGUCAAGGACUUGAAAGAAGCCAUAGAAAAUCGGUUUUUAGAAAUGGAAAUGAAAUUCGACGUGAGAUUCGGAAGACUGAAAGAGGGAUACGAUCACCUGUCAACUGAAAACGAACUAUUGAAAGAGCAGAUUAUGGACAAUAAAAGAGAAAUUACAAGGUUAGCAAAAAUAGCAGAGGAAGCUGGCAACAUGUCCAAAGAAGCUCAAAUCAAUGCCAACUACAAUGAGCAAUACUCCCGAAAAAACAACAUCAAGAUCUACGGAGUGAAAGAGGAGAAAAAUGAAGACAUGGUCGGCAUGGUGUCCAAACUGCUACAGACGGAAACGGGUGUACGGGUGACCAGUGAAGAGAUUGUUGCCGUUCACAGGAUACCUGGAAAGCGAGGACAGGAAAGACCAAUAUUACUGAAAGUUAAGAACACUGAUGUGAAAGCACGGAUUAUGAAAAAGCGUGCAGUACUCAGAAAAUCGGGAAAGAAUAUGAAACUUUCAGACGAUGUAACCAAACGUAACAUUGAGCUUUUACACAGACUAAAUGAGAGUCAGCUAAUAGAACAAGCGUGGUAUUUUAACGGGAGCGUCUAUGGCAAACCAAAAAACACUGAUGACAAAAUAAAAUUCGACAUAUUUGACAUCAUUGACGAAAAAAUAAAAAAGAAAAACUAUAAAUAA